AAUUUGUAGAGUUGCUUGUUGUCUUACUACUUACGACUCUUUUUUCUUCUAUUGCCGUCGGUUGAAACUAAACAAAAACAAAAAGGUUGAAGAAGAACAAUCAAUCAAUCGUCUUCUUCAUCGUCUCGAUUAAUUUAUACCUAAUGGAAAUCGAGGUCUCGAGCUCGGCUCGUGAUACCGUCGAUUUGGAUAGUAUCCGUAUCAAGCGGAAGACGUUGCAAAACCUGCUCGACGAUUGCCAGAGAGCUCUCGAGCUGCUUAAUCUCGCCGAUACCGGCGAUAAAACCGAAACCGGUGGUUCCGGAGAGGAUAACAGCAACCACGUGGAGAGGGAAGAAGAAGAGUUUCGAUCUUCCGAUUCAGGAGAUCCUGAAGCCGAUAAAUUUUAUGAUCUCAUCAAAUCUAGAGUUGAAUGUAAUGACUUUAGGGAGAAGAUUGAGCUAGCUCAAGUUUCACUUCUCCAAGAUCUUGCUGAAGAAGAAGGUAGCUCUUGGGAUGUAGUAAGUGAAGAUGAUAUAUUGGGUGUGGGUGGAACGGAAGAUGAUUACGUUGUUGUUAGGGAAGAAGAUAUAGCUGAUGGUAUUGCUUGUUUCAUGGCUACUUAUUUAUCUUCCCUUAAGCAGACUAAGGAUAUAUCACCUGAUCAGCUUCAGAAAGCACUUAGCACGAUGUUUUCAGUGAAGAAGAGAAAGGGAAAGCUUCGUAAAGCAUGGGAAGGAAGUAAAGUUAUUUACAACGUUGCAUCAUGGAGCGCAACUGCUAUAGGCUUAUAUCAAAACCCGGUAAUACUGAGUAUUGCAUCCAAAGCCUUCUGGGUGUCUUGCAAGGCCAUAUCAAAGCUUGUCUAAAUUGGAACACAUCUCGCUCCUCACAGGGUGCUCAUAAAGUUACAACAGCCUCGACUCAGCAAUGUUUUAUAUCGAUUUAAUUUAUAUCUGUACAUAAUGCCAUUUGUUUGAUCCUUCUUCCCUGUGAUGUUAUUCUCGACAUGCAAUGUUAAAAGAUCAGUUUGAUCUCAACUUCGAUGUACUUGUUCUAAAGUUAGCGUGAUGAAAUUUCAGAA